AUGGCGAUGCUGAGUCAGGCAAUUAGUAGAUACCAAAACCUGUGAAUCGUAUGAACAAACUUAAAGUUAGGAAUGGCACAAUAUAGAGUUCAAAAUAUGUCUAUCCUUUGAGGCAUGAUAUCAAUUACAAUAUAGGCUCAAACAAAAUUAGAGACGUGACGAUAUAUGCUUCAGCUUAAAUAUAUCUCUUGUCCGUGGAAGUUGAUCAAUAUUUUGCUUGUUUUUUCAGUUGCGCUGGCAGCAGCGUUUGUUAUUAAGAGAACUGACGUGGUUGCAAUAGCCAGUUUGCUUUCCGUAGAUGCUGACUGAGUACGUGCCUAAACUUGAUGAUGAAGUGCCUUGUGGUGUUUCUGUAUUUCGGAGCUUUCCUCCCGUGUUUUUAUCUGGAAUGCAAAGGUGAGCACACGCGAUCUUGAUCUGAAUUUACUAAUCUGAGUGCGGUGAAAAAUUCUGAACAUUUUGUUUCAACCAUGACUGAGCGUUUCCUCAAACUUCAUCAAGGGUGACGCUAGGAUUUUGUUCUGUGAUACCUGAUUUUAAAUCAUUUCAUCAACAAACAAAAAAAAAGAAAAACAGAAAACAGAGGGAAAGUUUCCUUUUCUUUUUGACAAUAUUUUCUCUACAUACUCAUCGUGGUGGCAGUUUUCUUACACAAACAGUUCAAAACGUGAAUAGUGCAGAUCGACAUGUAUAAACUUGCUAAAUGACGUGCAUUUGGCUGUUUGGAAUUUUUUAAGUACAGUGUAUGAACAGAUUCAUUUUCCGUAUUAUUUUUUCUUUAAUACACCCGUAAUUGUCUGUCACUGAAUGCAGAUAGCAUUGACUCUGCAAGGCUGUGCUGUUAUAGUAUUAUUUGGUGGCUCCUUGUUGCCUACUUUUUUGGGUGACAAAAAAUUAUUGAUCAAUAUUUAACAGUUAAUAAAUGAGGCUGAGUAUCUUAUGAAGAAUUAUGGAGAUCGGCCGAGGUGGAUAACACCCUCCGAGAGUCAUUCAAAAUAAUUCCUAGUUUAAUCCAUUGAUGCAUCGAUGUUCAGUUCAUCUUCGAUAGUGUACGUUUAGGUUUGUCCAGCUCCACAAAUACUCUCCAAAUAGCAGAUGUUAAACUCCGAGUUGUCUUCUUGCUGUUUUUGCUAUGUUUUUAACUAUUACUUCGCCUAGUUCCAGAUGUAGUUCUUACUCUUGAAAUGAGUAAAUCGUCGGCCAUUUUUGUUUUCACAACCAAAACAACUUAACCUCGUCCCAAGGUCUUAUUGGUUAACGGUUCAUUUACCUGUAGAAGGCUGCAUUUUUGACGUCAUUUCCUCAUUAAACACAAAAUUCGUCCAAAUUUGGUCAUCAGUAACUGGGUAUGGGGAAUUAAACUUGUGCUUUUAGCCAAUCAGAAUCGGGGAAAUAAUUAUUUUGAAUAAUUUUUUUUACACAUAUUUCUUUAGUACUUGACUCUCUAGAUUCUCCUCAGACCUGUUCUGUACUUAUUUUUCCUAGAGUACUUUUUAACAGCCUUGUAAAUCAUUAGUUGUUAUUAAUUGCACAACUUUGGUCAUUCAAUUAUUUAUCAGCAUUUAAGUAUGAUGGAUUCUCACAACAUGUUCAGUACUCUGGGAGAAAAUCAGAAAACAUAUUGUUUAUUGACAAGUUUCAUCAUCACCGGUCUAAAAGAAAUGCAGAUUCAAAUGCACCAAGUUGCAAAGUGAAUAACUGCACAUAUGUUAAGGUAAGAUUUGUUAACAUGUCAUACAGUGUAUUCAUCCAUAAUUCAAUUUUUUGAAAUGGGUCAAGUAUCAGUUAAUGAAAAAUGCAGAGAUAUUGACUUAUAUUCAAGUCACUCUUACUGUCAGUGAUAUUAGCCUAACAAAAUUACUGUCUGCAUGUACUGCCUCCUAUAUUCUUAUAAGUGUUUUUUGUAUUUUAAAACCCUCACUAAUUUUAUUCAUUAUGUAGAGACCUUACAAAUGUAUGUAUUAAACCUGGCUUAUAAAAAAAAUUAAUAGAAGUAUUAACUUGAUAAAACAUAGGUAAUUUAAAACCUGGUGGAAGUUCAGCCUUUAAAUACAAACACAGGGACAAUGUAUAUGCUGCCUACAGAGCUAUGAUUUUGGGACUCCUCAAUACAGUAUGUUGAAGACAGAGUAUUAUGCACAUCUCACCAUAUCAGCAACCCUGGGGGGGUACUCCCAUACAUUACCUAUACGGGUUUGUGCCGCCCAAAGGGGUCGUGAUUUUGAAGCUCCUGGUUUAGAAUGGGGUAUCCAUUUCAGACGCGGUUUCUAGAACGGGGUAUGAUAUUUCGAACGCACGAAAGCUCUCCACUUUUGUAAGUAGCCAUUUAAAAGCAUUCAAGGACAGAUUGCUUUUAAAAUACGGUUCAGUGCGUUAAGAAGCAAACCGUUGUACUCUUGUUACACCCUAGAACGGAGUAUAAAAAAUUGGCCCAUUUCUAGAACGGGCUGUUAGUUUUAGGGCGAAUUCUAGAACGGGGUAUAAAAAAUUGGCCUAUUUCUAGAACGGGGUAUCAAUUUUAGGGGAAAUUUUUUCUAGAAUGGGGUGCCAAUUUGGAGUCCCGGGCGGCACAUACCCACCCAAAAAAUAACCAAGUGCUACCCCGGGAUCAGCAAUGAUUGAUAAUAUCUAUGUAGAACUACAAUUAUGUAUAAAGAUAUAUAUAGAAUGCAGAUACUCAUCAAAUCUUGACUUUCUCCAUUUAAUUUUAGGUAAAUCAUAAGUAUUAUGUGUCGCAUACAUACAUCAGUGGCCAAAACUUUUGGCGGAAUAUAGAGGAAAAUCCUAAAAGCAAAGUCCACCCUGUUCUUUCACAGACCUUCUUAAAAAAGUCGGUAAGUAUUUGAAAUGACUUUAAUUUUGACAUAAAUUUUGUAAGAUGAGAACAAAAGCAGCAUGAAGGUGCAGUUACAUGCAGUAGAUGGCUUGCUGACAACCCAAUUCCUUCAUCUGGAACCCAUUCCUCAUUCAAUACCAGAAUAAGUCUUCUUUCUUCCUUGAUUACAAAAUGUACAUGCACUAGUUGAAUGUGGAAUUGUUCUUUUCACAGACACUUAAGCUCAGCUUUAUCUUUCCAUACUAUGGUCACUACCUUGAUAGUGUGGUGCUGACAACUGGAGGUGAGUUGAUUCAAAUUAUACAUGAAUAAUUGUUUUAUUGUUUUAUUAUCAUUUUGCCAAAAAACACAAAAUAUACAUAUUAAAUUUUUAAAAAAAGAUGAGGCAAGGGAGCCCAAGGAAGCCAAUAAGGCUUGUGUAUAGGACCACCUUUUAAAAUUAUGUCAUCUAAUUAAUAAUUACAAUACUGACAUCGGCAAUUUAGCUCUAAGUACACACAAUUUGUUUGGAACAUAGAAAAUAAUCAUUAAAUAGGAUAAAAAUAGAAAAGGCUGAAUGACUGUUAGUGCAAAAAUGAGAAAAGAAAUACUGCAAGAAAAAAUGAGAAAAAAAGCGAAAGAAGCGAAACACUACACAAACAUUAGGAGAACAAAAGUAUGCUUAUACCAAGAAAAAAUGACUUAAGUUUAGAAUUAAACAAAGCAGUACUAGAGGGAUUCUGAAUUCCAGGACUAAGGGAAUUAAAUAUUUUGGGCCCUUGAAAACAAAGUGAACAUUUCCUUACAUUUGUCCUCCAGUCAGGUAAACGAUUAGAUUAGAUUAGAUUAGAUUAGAUUAGAUUAGAUCAGGGCAAACAAUGAGAUUAAUGAUUGAAGUUCUUGCACGUAAAUUACACUUGACACUUGACUGUGAAUGUUCUUACUUGAAGGUUUCCUGUACAUGGAUUUUUAUAACACAUCUCUUCUGACAGACGUGCAAUACUUAGCUCCUCUCAUGGCUUACUUCAGUCCAGAUCAUCAUCCAGAUUCUAAAGUCAUCACCCUUGACGAUGGUAUCAAAUAUUUAUGUUGUGAUAAAUGUAUACUGGUACUUACUUUAGCUUUAAUCUUGUACCUGAUUGAGUAGAUUACAGAUGUACAUACUUUGGUACUUCUAUACUUGUAUCUCAAGCACUUUUAUUGAGUGCUAGUAAAAAGCAUCAGCUACUUUGCUCAGAGAAGUUGAGUUCUUUUUAAUAAAUAGAAGGUAACUGAGAAAUUCUUUCAAACAUUACUUAUAUUAGUUGCAGUCGGUUGCCAAGAUUACUCUAUACAAACCAGCUGCUUGGUGGAGAAUAUUAUUAAUAGAAUGUACCUGAGGUUGGAAAAAUGAUGUCUCUAACUGUAAUUGGAUCCCCAGUGUUAAGAAUUUCAGCAUAAACAAGUUAGCUACAUAAGUUAUGUUUUUUUAAACAUCUGUAUGUACUUUUUAUUUGCUCAAAAUUCCCAACAAAAUUCCUUCUUUUGUUGUUUUAGGUUUACAGCUGACAGUACAGUGGUCAAAAGUUUAUCUUCGUAACAGAACUCAUGGUAGUAUUAAGCAUGAAACAUUACCUAAUAAUUUUUUGAUAAUAAUUAUCAUACAGUGCUUUCAGUUAGGAAUUCAGACAUUUCCCAUAAGUGAUCUGAUUAAUCUUAGUGUGCAUACGGGUGAGAUAUUCUCAUUAUACCAUGAGAUAAAUUUUGAUAAUUUGAUUAAAUGACACUAAGAAGCCUCUAUAUGCCGGGUAUUUAUUUCAGUGAUAAUGAUCACUCUUCAGGGGCGGAUCCAGGAUUUUUUUUAGGAGGGGGUGCACUCUUCUCCACAUAGUUUUUUUUUUGGAAGAAUACCAGUUGUAGAAAACCGCAGGUCAUCUCGGGGGUGCGCACCCCCUGCACCCUGCCCCAAGAUCCGCCCCUGCUCUUGAUGUAAAGAUCUUAGGGUUUAAAACAACAAUCAAGAAGUGAUUGCAUAAUGCUAUUCUUUGGUCAAGGUUCAGUGGCAUAGCCAAGGGAGGGACACUUCCAGGGGUUCCAGAACCCCCCUUGGGUUACAGCAUGGGCUAUAAUUUCAAGAGGAACGAGAUUUUAGCUGUUAAAGAAAAUGAUAAAAAAAUCAAUUGAAAAAAGCAUCAAAUUCUACUUCGAGGGUUACAUAUGAAUACUAUGAGGAUGAUCAUACAUUGUACGAGGCCCCAGUGUGUAUACAAGCCUGCAAAGUGGGAUUCAGCACCUUGUUGGUCUCGGUCGUUUGCAUGAUCGAUGCAUGUUGUAAUGGUUUGACUAUGAGAGGGUUUAAUACAAACUCGUGUAGAGGCAUAAAGUGAGAAGGUAGAAUGAAAUCAGCAUUGAUGUUUGCAAACCACUGUGAGGAAAUUGUCUGAAACUGGCACACUUAACACUAACAGCACAGCGAACUGCCUAAAACAUACAGUAUUCAAUUAUGAGUUCAUCGCAAGAUGCAGUGCCUUUUUCUUACAUAAAAGCUACUCAGUAUCAGGCUCUGAAAGCGAGACAGAAAUGUCUGUUAGACUACCAUCACCCCUAAUUUUCAUGUGGCAGCUUUUCUGUUGGCAGCACAAGUGGCUCAAUGCAGAAAAAAACCUUUCUAGUAGUGCAGUUGAAAGCUUGGCCAUGAAUUCUUUUCAAGCUGCAUAUUUCAAGUACGUUACAAAUUAGAUCAGCAGAACUUGAGCGAUGGCUCUGCACAUUGCGCAGACUUAAAAAGUAGUCGGCAGCAACCAUGACUAAAGAGCAAGAGUCUGCUGCUCUUGCUCUGAUGAACAUUGGAUAAUGCAAAUUGGCCCAAGUCCACCAAUCGACACCUUUGCACGGAUCGAAGCAUCCAUGAUGUCUCGUUCUUGCUAAUAUCCUUACUGAGUAAAUGGCAAAUCACAAGACUACAGUGUGUGUUUUAAUGUAUUCAGUGAUUAUCAACAUAUAUGUUGUAGUUUAUUUUUUAUUUCAGGUAAUUUUUAUUUUUCUUUUCCUUCCAAAAAGUGUGAUGCGUAUCCAGAUUUUUUGUUCUGUUUAUUAACUCUGUUUAAUUUUUUUUUGUAUUUACUAACUCUUGUCAUCAUUGUUGUGGGUUCACUGGCUCCUAUCAGUGUUGCCAUGGAAAACAAUUCUUGAUAUGCAAGUAAAACGUUUAUUGAAAAAUUAACUGACAAAUGAAAAACACCUGAAGAAAGUGAUGUCUGCAGUCUGUACCCAUAUAGGGACUCACUCACUCUAGUCCGUGUCAUGUUGGGGGGGAAGGGGGGGAGUGUAAAAAUUGGCGAGUAAUUAUGUACAUUGUACACUUCCACUGGGGAAUAAGACUGAAGAAAAGUCUGUGAAAGUGAAUAUUUUACUGCACCCUCAAGGUUUUACAAAUACACCAAUGCAACAAGAAAAUAAUUAACACAAAUUCAUGCAAUCAAGCUUUUUAUUUAUAUCUCAGCAGUGUCUCAACAGCAUAGAGCUUGGUCCAUAAAGGAAAUAAAUUUUACUAAAGAAGCACAAAUUUCCUGUAGAUAAUUAUAUUUAUCGUUUCUUUCUUCUUUUUCUACUCUUUAAAGAUGGACACUUCACAUUUCAGUGCACUUUACAUAAGAAUGGUACAAUAUGGUUCGCAUACAAAGAGGUAAAUUAUGACUCAUCCUCCAUAGCAGUUGUCUUAGUAAAUUAGGGAAAAUUACUGUUUCCUUGCAUCAUUCUGAAGCUUAUGGAUGUCCAGAUUAAACCUGAGUUUUGUUUUUAGCGAUUAUAGAAAGGGAAAAAUAGAAGAGUAAACCUUAUAAAUAGCUGAAUGCCUAGCUCCUAUAGACAUUAGGACUUUAACUGAACCCCAGUGAGGUGAAAACAUGAACUAAGCACCCAAUUUAAAAGAUUAUUCUUAAUCUGCUAAUAAUUAGAUGAAAUUCAAUUUAUUUUCAAAAUUUCUCACAUCGUUUGAAAUAUUGACCUGUGGGAGUGUGUUAAUGACUCAUAAUGCACAAAUUUCAUGCAUACUUACAUGUAACAUAAGACUAUAAUUUUAUCUUUUCUUUCACAUAUGGACCUUCCUACUAUAAAAGACUAUUUGAAGUUUCUCAGAUUUUUUAAUGCCGUUAUUUGGCCAUAAGGCAUACAUUCUUUUGACAUUUGCUGUAGCUGUUGUUGUCAUUCUCUAGAAACAAUACAAGCCAAUUCUGCUUAACUGUUAAAGUUAACUACAGUCAACUCCCUGUUACUCAAACCCUCUCUAACUUGAACCUCCCACUAACUCGAAGCAAUUUUCAUUUCCGUUCAGAUAGUUUUCUGUAUAAUUUUACCCUCAAUACCUCAAACUUUUUUCUAUUUCCCUUGAAGGUUCCAAUUAUCCGGAGCUGACUGUAUGUUUUAUGACUGUUAUGACUGUUUCACAUUAUUGUGGGUCCAUAAUUGUCAUGGUACAUUUACUUAUCGCACAUAUUAAGUAUUUCUAUUCAUAAUAUCACGGUGGUUAGCUCGAAAGCUAGGCUCCUCUGACCACCAUACACUUCUAUCAAAGCCAUUAAUGUUUUCUUUUUUUUUCCCUCUUAUUUGUUACUUUAUUCCUUGUCGUUACUAUUAUACAGUGUAAAUGUUGUAGACAAGUAACUAAACCGAAGUGAAUUAAAAACCAUUGCAGUUUGACUAUUAUUAAAUCAGCAAAUAAACACACCUAUAUAACUGGAAACAGAUUGUGAAAGUCAAAUAGUUACGUCAACAAAUAAUUGAGGAGUGGUGAAAAUUGAUCAUUGUUUUGUUAUAGCUAAUGUAUCGGUCAAAUCGAAGCUUCAACAUCCCCCAGGUAGGGGGGAAUUUGAACAAUAAUUUUCCAAAAAGUCAAAUGCCCGGGGGUUUGCCCGGGGGGGAUGUUGAAGCUUCGAUUUGACCGAUACAUAACCAUAGUGACUAUGUUACAGAUCCCAGUUAAUGUGUCAAGCAUUCCUGCUGUACGAUACCACCCUGUGAGAGUAGGCAUAUCCGAUGCAUAUGUAAGAUAUUACCGACAUUUAGGGAGGCCUGGAAUCAUCUACCGAGUCUUUCAUAUAUACAGUCAAGUGAAUAUUACCAAGAACAGUGUUGUCAAUGGAUCAGCAGUGGUGUUCUACCCUCAAACAAGUUUGUUCUUUUUAAAAGUUUUAUUACUGUAAUCUAAUAAUUUUUAGCUGUUAAUGACCGAGCGGGAGGUCUUUAUGGGAGAAUCUUGACGGAGGUUACCAGUACAGACCGAACACCGUGAGGUCUGUACCAGCGACCGAGGUCAAGAUUCUCCCAUACAGACCGACCUAGCUCGUUAAGAAGAUGUUUAUUAUAUGGCCAAACAAGAAAGCAAAGGAACAAAAACAUAAAUAAUUUUAUUUGCUUCCCUGCGCGGGCUCAAGCAUUUAGCUGGCUUUCUUCUGUCACUGGUCUCCAGUCCAAACGGAACAAAAAUAGCUGUUUAAAGUCCAGCUUUGUACAAACUUUGUACAAACAAGACAAUCUUUCAUAUUCUUUGUUUGUAACUUUUUGAGGAGAACUGUUACAACAAGAUCGGUUUAGAUGCCGGUCUGGAUGGGAGAAACUAAACCGCGGUCAAGAUCGAAUUCUUGAGUUUGUUUCUUUCCAGUCCUUUUGAGACAUGCCCAUAUAAUAAUAAGUGAUACAGUGCAGUCCUAAUUUGUUUAUGCAAGAAGUAAAAUAUAAUUUGCAAGCCAUUUCCUGACCAAUAUACUGAUUAUAUCUAAAGCUUUCCUGGCAACCCAGUCUUGUGAGCUUUAAUUUUGAUAAAAAAUUUGGUUUUCAGACUGUGUGAGUAACCUGCAGCUUAACCUUGGGUUCCAUGCUGUGUGGGUAAACUGUGACUGACGUAAUUGUUUUCAUUAUACUGUACUUUCCUUUCAGGCUGUGUUAAUGCCACCUCAUGUACAGAGUGUAUGAAGCGGAAGCAAACAACAGAAUUUGACUGUCAGUGGUGCCCGCAGACUAAAAGGUAGAAAUUGUCUUUGGAAAGCUAAAAUUGUUAAUUCAGAGCCGACUAAAAAGAUGUUUCACCUGAAGAGAAUACAGUCCCAGAGAUUGACAGUGCAGACCAUUUUUGUUUUUUAUCGUGCAUGGAUGUGUCACUUCUCAAACCUAUAGAAGAGUAAAGAAAUGGAUAGCAAGUAUUUACUGGCAGCAGCAGGCAUGUGCUGCAAGAGCAUGACUGUCACGUAAACUUGGGUCAUGGCCAUGUAUCCCUUGGAAAACUGCUUUUUGGCGGGAAACUGGCCCGGUUCAGAGGCUGUACUUAACAUCAGCCGAAUCAACGCCGGCGGUCCACAGCUCUUUUAGUUGAAUCCUAUUUGGCUGAUCAUAUGAUGCACGUCGUCUGAACCAGGACUAAGAUCACGUGGUCCAUAGUACCAUUCACUAUUUCCUUUUGAUAUAACAAACAUGAUCUAAGACUUCUAAACAGUCUGUCAGUCAAACUAAUUUCUAUUGGUGGUUUAAGUUGACAUUGUUAAUUACAAUGGUCACUGUUAAGCUUUAAUAACCCUAAGUCCAAUGUAGAUGCAGGCCACGUUCUUACAAUAAUCUUGCAAUAUUUUGAAGGUGCUCUGAUAAAACAGAUCGUAAUCGUGCAGAAUGGGACCUCAGUAGGUGCAGUCAAAAUGCCGUCAAGCAGGUAUUAAUACUAGUUAAAACUUGUUACACUGCCACCAAAAUGCCGACAAACAGAUUGAGAUAUUACGACUGUUACGAGUUAAACCAUGUUAAACUGCGACCUAAAUGCUGUCAAACAGUUUUUCCUGCUACCGUCAUUUAGCUCCGUUUUCCUUGUGACAAGUUUUAUACCUCCCUCUAGAAGCUUAGCCUGUAAUAGGCGGACAUCUACACAGCCUCCCUUGUAUAUUUUUGUAUUUUGUUUGUCCAUUCUGUUUUGUGCGUUUGUAUGUCGUCUUAAUAGAGGUGUUUUCUUUAAAUUACAUGUACACGUUGGUUUUUGGUUUAUCGGAGGGACUUGUACAAAGGCGUUUGCCCUUAAAUACAGAGUGAGCCGGCACUGAAGACAGGUUUCACUAUACGUAGCGGGCCCGAAGGCCACAUGGCAAACAGCCUGUACAUACUUGCGGGACUCGAAAAACUUCCGACCGUUAGUCCGGUAAGAGUAGAUUUUCGUGCUGGGCAGGUGACUUUUAAAGCUCCACACCUUCCCAGUGGGCAAAAAUCCAGGCAGGUUAGUAGUCUACUAUGUUGGAAAUUAAGCCCCGUUGGUGGAUAGGUAAGGAUAGUUUAGGGAUAGGUAAAUCAUUGAUGUGCAUAAGUACCUAGUCUAUGACGUCACCUCGGAAAGAAGUGCCUUCCUCCAUACUAAUUAAGUGCCUAGUCACUGCCUUCGGGCAUACUAAUUUGGAUUUCCUGCAUACUGAUUAAGUGCCUUCCUCCAUAUAUGAUGAAGUGGAUAGGUUUACUAAUGAGCGUCACUCUACUACAAUAGGAACAAUAGGCUUGCCUAGACUUGCCCGGUAAGUAACUUGAUUAAAAGGAAAAUAGGAGCGAUCACCUAGCAACGCGAGAAACGGCUUCCUGUGUCUUAUUUAGCUCUGAAACUCGGAUAUAUCAACAAAACAUACACAAAGGGGAGCUGAAAACGCUUUAUUUGAAGUUUGUCUGACAAUACGGGGCUUAAUUCCCAACAUAGUAGACUACUCAGGUUAUCCUUCCGCAACUAAAUCAUUCGCUAAAACAAUCAAGACUAACAGGCCCCGGGCAACUUAGCAAAAUGCCGCCGGGAGAGCUGGCUGCUUAAAGGACGUGCUGAAAGUCAAGUUUGUUUCUUUAAUAUGGCCCUUUCCUCGAGUAUAAUUUGUGUACUGUUGUGUUCAUUUGUUUUUUGAUAUCAGCCGUCAGAUGAGAGAUGCGUGGCAGGUACGGAACAAGAAAAGCAACAGCAAAAAUCCAAGGGAGGUCUAGGAGCAAAAACACCCAAGGGAGGUGUAGGAGCUGGGGCCAUUGUUGGCAUCUGUAUUGUAUUAUUGUUGAUCAUUGGUAUGGCAGCAUGGUGUGUGUAUGCUUAUCGCAAUCCAACCACCAAAUCAGGACUCUUCCUUAUUGAUGUAAGUGCCACACGGCUGUUUGGUGUCUGGUACGUAGUCAACUUUGACCUGAACCACAGCUCUGGAUUGAGUCAGUUUUGUUUGUUCUCUUAUUUUAUCUUAGUGUGUAUUCAUUUGUUGUAAUCAUAAUCUUUCGUCUACUCUCUAAGAUAUACAUGCAGGUAUAAUUAUAUCUUGUGUUACAUAUUGCUUGUGAUAGUUACCAACAAUAGCAACUGAACAAUAUUGUGUUAUUCCAGGCUACUCGGCGUCCAAGGGAGCUGUUCCACCGCAGUGCUGAUGGAGCCAGUAAAGCAGCUCCUUCUGAUGUUAAGCCGCAGGUGCUGUGAGGGAGGGAGCGGGGACGGACAUACCUUCAGCCAAAAAUAACUUUGAUGAUAUCACGAUUAGCAACUUAAUAACGUAGCGUUCAGGGGAGUGUUUUUUUGUUGUUGUUAGAGGUCUGUACUCUUUAUUCUUCCCCUGAGCCUCAGUCUUCAUUUCUUUCAUUUAGUUCCGCUUUAUUUCUCAGGCCAAAUAAAUUAUUGUAAUCCUAGUUGCUAAGCAUGAAUUCAAAUGUUGUGUUGCGAGGGGUUCUCCUUUUCGUGACAUAAAACCUGGCAAACUAUCGCAGCUCUUCGUCGCAAAAAUAGAUCAUUGAAGAAGAAAAUGAAGUUAUCGUACUCCAAGCCUCCAUGUAUUACGUAUUUACCAUUUACAAUUUCGACUGCUACUGCAGCUUAUAGAGUGUUUUCACAUGACGUCAUGGCGGCCGUAUUGGUGUCCCAAAACAAUGAAACGGCGGCCGGUUUGGUGUCCCAAACCAAUCGUCUGGGAGUUGUUCUCUUUUCGUAUGCAAACGCUUUCUAUUCCAAUAAAUUUGCAUAGAUGCUGGCCACGUCAGUGAAAACACUCUAUAGAAAUAUUAACACACCAAGGUAAAGAAUGUUUGUCUUUUUUCUUGUGAAUUGCGGGCGGAUGUGGCUUCAUUUUCCUGACUGCUGCUAGUAUUUGCUUUGCUUUUGCAGCUGUAGUAGUUGUAGAAGCCGAGGUUAAGUAUUGGAAUGGACUUCAAUUCACUAUGAAGAUCAGUAACAAAAUUUUAAAGUGCCAAAAGGUAUGACGACAUUAACAAAGUUCAGCUUUAUCACAUGUGUUUUGCUGGAUGAUGACAGCAACAGCCAGUCCUAUAGACCUAGUCUAUUUACGUUAAAAACCUUAACGUUAAAGAAGCGAAAGUACAGCUGAAAGUAAGCCUCUGCUAAGU